GAUCCAAUCACGUCUUUCAGCGUAGCAUUUUAUCAAAAUAGAUACACGGAUUAUGUUUUUACAGGAUCAAAGGAGUAUUUACGUGCUUUCUGCUUGUUUUGGGAUAAUACUGUUUCAGCAUUUUUGCGAAUCCUCUCAACAAUGGAUAUCUCAAAACAGUUAUGAAAAUAUAACAACACCAAGAAGACCUAGAUUGUCAGUCUUCCGAUUUAUAGCUCCUUUUUCUAUGAUGGACAGUUGCAAAACUACUUCCGGUUUUAUAGGAUCCUGUUUAUCUGCUCAAGAUUGCAUCAAGUCAGGUGGCAGAGGCAUGGAAACUUGCGCAUGGGGCCUCGGAGUUUGUUGUGUUCAUGCAGCAUCCUGUGGCGCUACAACAACUGCCAACAUGUCUUAUUUUAUCAAUCCUGGUUACCCUAGCACGUGGUCCAGUGCCAACGAUGUUUGUACUUUCACGGUCAGACAACGAUUAUUUACAAAGACAUGCCAGUUGAGAAUCGACUUUGAAGAUUUCUAUAUUAUUGGACCUAGUUCUGGUUUGUGUUCAACUGAUCGUUUCGAAGUUAGUGGUCAAGAUCUUAACAGUAUCAUACCAGUCAUCUGUGGUUACAAUACAGGGCAACACAUGUACGUUCAAGUAGGCAGCAGUGCAGGGGUAUUCCGCUUCAAUGUGUAUACGACAAGAGAAAGUGAUGAAAGGAAAUGGAGGAUUCGUAUUACACAGAUACCUUGUAAAAGUGACGCUAUGGCUCCUGCGCACUGUCUUCAGUACUUCACGGGGACGGUAGGAAAGUUUCAGUCAUUUAACUACGGAAACGUCAAGUCAGUAAACGAAGAUACUUACUUCUUAAACAUGGAUUAUGCUAUCUGUAUUCGAAAAGAAGUCGGCAUGUGCGGAGCGACUUUCUCCUACGACGGUGACUUCAAUGUAAACGCUUUUAAUGCAACAAAGCCAUGUAUUGGUGAUUAUUUGAGCUUCGGAACACUCAGGAAAUGUGGAAUAGUUAAGAAAGGUGUAAUAAUCGAUGGAAUAAAAUUUAAGAGCAAUGGCCCCAUGAUUAUCACGUUUGUAAGCGAUGACAGACAGGAAAUAACGGAAAACAGAGACUCUGGAUUUAGUUUCAAGUAUACUCAAUCUUCCUGCUCUGCAACGUAACAAAUCAGUCAACAAACAGCCCAUGGAAAUAAGCUUACUGCAAUAAAUCUCAGCCAGAUUGAUUUAUUUUAAAUAAAAUAUUGUUCUUUUUAGUAAUUUAAUUAAUAAUCAAUUAAAUCUUUAUCCUCCGAAUUCUUUCCCAUAAAUGUCCACGUAGACGAAGAACUGGAAAAUUUUUACUAAAUGUUGCUUAAAGAAUGGAAGCGAAGUGUCACAUACCGGAUUUCGGAUUAUAACGUCUGAAACACACCUAGAGUACAUCACAACUUUUUACUAACAAGAAACCAUUCUUUUUUAAAAAUUUAAAUACUAUUUUAAUGCUUUAGAUUAAUGUAAAUCAUAUGUGAAGCAAAACUAAACGUGAAAUCGCUGCUAUAUUUAAGCAUAAAGUACCACUAUUUAAUACUUAUAUAUUUAACUUAUAUUUAAGUAUAAAAUAGUUUGAAAUUAAUAGUAAAAUAGUGGUUAUAUUCGCUUUCUUUGCCGCACUUUUAAUGUAAUAAAUACUUUUGCACUUCUGUUUGGUAACCAGUAAGCUAAAUCAUGAAUUACUAAAAAAGCAUAUUUAAUUAAACAGGCUGUUUUAACACUUUUAUUUCUGAGCUUACCCUGAAAAUUAAAUACAUUAAGGUUUCCUUAAAAGUAGAAAUUAAAUUACUUAAAAUGAUUACAGUAAUUUACUUAUAGUUAAGUCUUUACGUAUUUUUAUUAAAUUAUGUAUACUUAAGUAUAACAAAUAAAUCAACAGCAAUCAGCAGAAAAUAAAAAAAUGUCUAAAGCAACUGUAAUGCCAUUCGCACUUGUACUCAGGGCUUAAUUUCUAAAAGUAGAAGUGUCGGAGCCCUAUGAAAGACCAUCACCAAAGAGGAGCAAGAGUAGAUAAAUAAACAAAAUGACCAUUAAAAUCAUUAAUAAUUUAAAAAUUAAAUAGUUAAUGAGUAUCAAAUUAAUUAAUAAUUAUUUAAUAUAUAUAAUAAUA